UGAAGUUAAAAGAAGCUCCUGAAUGCCCCUAUGUUAUAAGAAUGAUUGACUGGUAUGAGGAACGCAAUUACCUCAUGUUUGUUCUGGAGUACCUAGACGAAUAGAUGCCCUUGCGUAAUUAUAUCUCUACACCUGGAAAACUGCCGGAAGAUAAAGCUCGCAGGCUUCAGUUAGUGAAAGCAGUUGAACAUUGCAUAAAGCACGGGGUGUUUCACAAUGACAUCCAUUUUGGAAACAUCUUGGUGGACAGUGAAGGUGUACAGCUGGAGUUAAUUGACUUUGGGAUUGGCCGUCUAAUCAAUGACGCUGCAUACAAAUCCAAAGGACAUAAAGGAGCACCUGAGAAAUACUCUGAGUUCAUACACAGGGUCAUGCCAAAAACGUCUUGGACUUAGGUUCUGUGCUAUAUAAGAUGCUGCACGGAAAAAAGCCCCUUCUUUGGACCCCACUUUAACCAAGAGUAAGUGAAAGACAAAAAGACUGCAUUUUGUACAUUUGCUCAUUUGGCAGACAUUUUUAUCUAAAGCAACUUCAUCAGUAUGUCUGCUCCUCUCCCACAAGCUUUUGUGCUGUAGAGUAAACCAAUAGAGUAAAGUUUGCCACAUCAUCUGCCUUUUUGUUAUAUUAUUUUUGGUCUGACGAAUACAAUCUUACUCUUAAUAGGGUUAAGUUUGCCGUAUCGUCUGCCUUUAAUUAUUUUGGUCUGACGAACAACUUACUCUUUAUCAAUAGAGUAAAGUGUGCCGCAUCGUCUGCCUUUUCGUUACAUUAUUUUUGUCUGAUGAACCACUUAAUUUUAACUACAGGGUUAAGCAUCGACGCAUCGACUGCCUUUAAUUAUUUGGUCUGACGAAUUAGUUAACUCUACUUACCAGAGUUAAACAUUGCUGUAUUGACUGCCAUUAAUUAUAAGGUCUGACGAACUUCUUAACUCUUGACUAGUUGUAUGGUCGAUCGAAAACAAAAGAGCUCCAUGGCCAAAAACAACUUGGUUUAAACAAAUUUGUUAGGAAAUAUCUUGUUUUGACUAUUGCUAGGAAAUAACUAGUUUUGACUCCCAUAGAAACUAUAGAAACCAUCAGGCGACUAAGCUGGUUCCGGUGAAGCUAAACAUUUGCCCCCCACCCCAUAUCUUCAUCAUGAGGUGACCCCCCCGUCACUAAAAGACGAAGUUCUUCUCAUGACUCCAUCCCACAGCAUUUCGCCUGUCUAAGAUUUGGGGAGUAUAAGCUAAUUUGUAUCUAGGUUUACCUAGCAACUUCACUGCUGAGUUUUAUUGUUGAAUUUUAUUGCUGAAGGGGUACCUAGUAGGACAGCAUAAGGAUUGUCCCAUCUUGGUUUUAGGCCUGAGUGUUUUAAUUUUUUAUAAAUCAUUUGCCCUGGCACAAUAUUAUGUUGUCCGUAAUUUUUACAGCAUCCUGAACCUGAUUUUGCUUUUUUGUACUGCUUCAGUCAAAAGCAUAGACCGUAAAAAAUAUGGACGUAGUGUCCGUGACGUCACCCAUUGGUUUGUGAAGAUCGCUUUUGAAGCUUAAAGUAGGCGUUGCCUGCCGUCGCCAUCUUGGCCGCGCGUCCUCGCGAAUUACUUGCGGAAAACCGAAAAUGGGUAAAGAGGCGGGAUAUGG